GAAAAACAACUAACUAUCAAAAACUAUACCAACAAAUCAAAAAAGAAUUACAAGAUGAAGAAGAUAAUUUAAUAGAACUAGAAGCAAAUCUAAAAAUGGAAUGUAACAACAACCAUACUAUAUCAAAACGACUAAACAAAGUAAGCAAGGAAAUAGUACAAAACGUUGUACGAUUAGAAGAAAAUAGAAUAGAAUUAUUUGAAGGACUAAUUGACGACUAUGACAAAAAAGAAAUGAAUAUUGAAGAACAAUGGAUAAGACUAACGACUAAACUACUCAGAGAAAAAAUGGACAAUAGCACACAAAUGAAAGAAUCUAUUAUCACACCACAAGAACAAACAAGAAAACAAAAACGUAACACUGACAUAAAAAGGAUAAUAUUAGCAAUGGAAUUAAAAGAACCAAUAAAUGACUUAUGGGAAACACUAGCUCAAAAUAUCGAACAUAUGAAUAAGUUAACACAACAAUUAAAAACAAAAGAAAUAUUCGACUUUAAUUUCAAUAUUGAACUACCUCAGUUUCCAAACUUAAGAACACUAGGAGAAAUUGGACAUAUAGGAGAACUAACACGAAAAAUAAUCAUACAACAUAAACAUGCACAAUUAUCUAUAUCACGAGGACAAUUUAUACUACAACUAAUAAACUUUAUAACAAGAAUAGGAAACAAAAUAACUGACGAAACCAUACAACAACUGACAGAUAAUAUAGGAGAAUUAGAAGAAACAAUACAACAAUGGAAACAACAAGAACUAAUAAUAGAAAAAUUAGCGGAAAUAAUAAAUGAACGAAUAUACCGACAAGUACAGACACGAACCAUAGACGAAGAAGACAUAGAAGACUUUUUGGAACAAUAUAAACCAACACCAAGACCAUCACAAGAACCAUAUAAACCAAUAAAAUUACCACCACCAAUUGUUAAACCGAUAUCUACCGGAAUAACACCAGCAAAUGUAACACAAAUGAUGAAUGAUCUUUUCAAUAAUAUGAACAUAACCAGUAAUAUACUUAAUAAUGCAAUUGAAAACGAAGGAAUAACUCGAAAAUUAUUACUCGAAAUAGUCAACGAGGUAAUCAACAAAACUGAAAAAGCACUUGGAAAAGAAGACACACCUGACAUAAUUGAAAUAACGGAUGAUACGUUUGACAUAAUCACACGAAAUCUGGACGAACUAGUUAAGGCAACUGAAGAUAACCAAAAAGAAAUAAUGGAAGAAAUUAAACCAAUGAUUAAUGGAAUAUUAUACACACUCUCAAAAAUUAACGGAAAACCAAUAGAAAUAACACCAGACAACACUGUAAAAAAUGAUAUCAUAAAGAUAGAAACAUUAGUACAAAAACACCAAAAGAAUUGUUUAGAAAAAGAUAAGAUAAUCAACGACAUAACCGAUAAAAUAUUCAAAGAAAACGAAAGGCUCACCAACACACAAUACCCAUAUCAAGAAAUACUUAUGAAAAAUAGAGAACCUGAAAAAGGAAAAAUCAAAGAAGAAUGGACAAAAUUGGAAAAUAAUAUAGCUAAAAUAGAACAACGAAUGAUAAAAACAACAGAAACAACAGCACAAUUUAUUACCACGACAUACAGAAAAAUUAAUACGCUACUCAACAAAUCAAUAGACAAUAACGAACUAGCAGAACUAUUACAAGGACCAAUAACGAUAAUAAAACAAAAACUAAUCAAAUAUAAUAGUGGAAUACAAACAAUACAAAAAAACACAACAACUGUGAUAAAUGAAAUAUAUCAAUUAGACAAAAAAGAAGACAUACCAUCAAAAAUAAAUGGAAAUCAAGAACAUUCGAUAAAUGAACUAGGACAAAUACUAUUAACAGACUGGAAACAACAUAAGAAAACAUUUUUAGACCACCUAUUAUUUACUUACAAACUAAGUCGAGAAUUUACACAAACAAUAGAAAAGUAUGGAAUACCAACUAUUACUGAACAACAUAGCAGACAAGAAAAACCAAAAUUAACUGACAAUACCUAUACUAAAUGGGAACAAGUAAAAAAUCAUUUACAAGAACAACAAAAACUUAUAAAUAAACACGAAAGAACAAUACAAACACUACGAACUCAAGGAAUGAACGAUAUAAUCCUAGAUAUCACAAUAGAAAAUUACGACGGAACAGAACUAGAAAAUACAUUAGACGGACAACCAAUAAGAAAAUCUAAGAAAAACAUAGCAAUAUUACAACCAUCUGACACAGAAGACGUAUAUAAAGAUCAACACGGAAACCUUUACAUAGCACACAUUGUAAACGGAUUUCCAGUAUAUGACGAGAAUAAAAAUCCAUUAUAUGUAGACCAAGAAAAUAACGUACUAGACAACGACAAUCAAGGAAACCCUAUAAUACAAAUACCGUUACUAGAAAUACCUAUAAAUAUCUUACCAAACCCUGAACCAGAACAAGAAACACCACCAACACAAGAUAUACCAGUACAAACAGAAACACCAGAACAAGAAGACAAACCAAAAAUGGGAGACAAUUGCUUUCAACAACAGAAUAUCUUAUAUAACUAUCAAAAAGACGUCGAAAACUAUAACAUUAUAAGAUUGAAAGGAAUUAAUAUACCCUGGUUCGAUGGACAAACAAAACACCUAGAACGAUUCAUUACCGAAUUGAAUGAACUAACACGUGUAGAUCCUGGAUUACCCAGAGGAAAUGAACCAGAUCAAAAAGGAAUAACUGAUCAAGGGGGAAAAGUCCCAGUAGGAAAUGCGAGAUCAGGAAAUGCAAUAAGAGAUGGAAAAGUAGUACUAGAACCAGUACUAAACUGGAAUACCAGCACUCAGCAAACUUCACUGGCGCAGCAAGCGCUUGGUGGGAAAGCUUAUGCAGCAGUAGUAGACAUAAACUCUACCGCAGCAAAAGGACUAAUACAAGCAUUGAGAGAUAGAUACCAGACCAAAGCAUAUUUACAUACACUACAAUUGGUCUAUACACAUGGAUUAUAUUUUGAUCCGAAACGACAUAGAAUAAUGCAGGAAUACAAUAAUUACUAUGACAUACAACACAUCAAAGAUGCUGUAAAUAUGUGGAUAUACACUAAUGAAUCACAAUCAGCACCUAACAGUUACACACCCACAAUAAAACAAAUACAAGAUUAUGCUGCAGGAUUAUACGAUCAAGAAGAUGGAAGACAAAUCAUAUACGGAGACAGGAUAAGAACACCAACAACUACUUAUUUCCAAGGGAAAUCAUAUGGAAAACAAAUAGUAGGAAAAUGGACACACCCUAAGGAAGAAACGGAAGAAGAACACCACAAAGAAAAUAUCAACAACGAUGAUUCAGCAAAAGUAGAAGCAGGACACCCGACGGACGAUUCCGACCAAGAAAAAAUAGCAGAACCAGAUAUAUACCAAGUUAUCCACGAAAUGUACAAUUUGCAAUACCAAAAUCACAAUAUCGACCAAAAUUCCAACCAAGAUCACGAGGCAAUAGCCCAUGAAGAAAUCAAACAUCAAGAAAUAACACCUAUAGGAGAUCAAGUACACCUGAAAGAACCACUAAAAAACAAUUCCUACCUUUUGACGAAUACCGAAUCAGAAUACUUUACAGAAGACGAAAUAGAAUUUGAAGAAAAAAACGAAUCAGAGAAAGAUGAAAUAUAUUUACACGAUCAAUCAAAAAAUACUGAUGAUCAUGAUAUUAUUGACUAUUAUUUCAAUGAUUAUCAAGAUACAACAAGACAACUUGAAAAUAUUUAUCUAAAUGAAUCAGAUGACGAAUAUUUCUAUUGA